UUAGGUCGCUCUGACAGGAACUGGUUGAGGGGCGAGUUCAGAGCGGGCAGAAGCACCGGGUGGAGGAGGGUGGCUGGAGGACUUUCUAUGUGCGGCAGAGGAGGCGCAGGCUGAAGCAGGCCCGCGGGGGAAAGUGACGGUAAUUUUCACGAAUCCAGUGUGAGUCCCUGAAAAUCUGCAGUCCCAGGAAUGUCUGGCCCUGACCUGGAAGGACAGCAGUGGGUGAAACUCUGAGGCCUUUUUCAGGGCUGAGACUUCUUGGAACCCAAUCUCCACUUCUCUAUCAUCAUGUCAGGAAGCUACACUCCUACUGCUGGUGGGCCUUUCUCCGCUCUCACUCCUAGUAUAUGGCCUCAGGAGAUCCUAGCAAAAUAUACUCAGAAAGAAGAAUCUGUUGAGCAACCAGAGUUCCGAUAUGAUGAAUUUGGCUUCCGAGUAGACAAAGAAGAUGGCGCUGAGCCCAAUUCCAGCAAGCUCCUGGGGAUUCCAUUGACUGAAGAGCCACAGCAGAGACUGAAAUGGCAAGCCCAUUUAGAGUUCACACACAACCAUGACGUGGGAGACCUCACUUGGGAUAAGAUUGAAGUCACGCUUCCACGCUCAGAUAAGCUGCGGUCCCUAGUUCUGGCUGGCAUUCCACAUAGCAUGAGGCCGCAGCUAUGGAUGCGACUAUCGGGAGCUCUACAGAAGAAAAGAAAUACAGAGAUGUCUUACCGAGAAAUUGUGAAAAACAGCUCAAAUGAUGAGACUAUCGCUGCCAAACAAAUUGAGAAAGACCUGCUUCGCACCAUGCCCAGCAAUGCCUGCUUCUCCAACAUGAACAGCAUUGGCGUACCACGAUUACGCAGAAUACUACGCGGACUGGCUUGGCUAUACCCAGAGAUUGGUUAUUGUCAAGGCACUGGCAUGGUAGUGGCUUCCCUGCUUCUCUUCUUGGAAGAGGAAGAUGCCUUUUGGAUGAUGUGUGCCAUCAUUGAAGAUCUGGUGCCUGCCUCUUACUUCAGCACCACCCUGAUAGGAGUGCAGACCGACCAGCGUGUCCUGCGCCAUCUCAUUGUGCAGUAUCUGCCACGGCUGGACAAACUGCUCCAGGAGCAUGACAUCGAGCUGUCCUUGAUCACUUUGCACUGGUUUCUUACGGCAUUUGCUAGUGUGGUGCACAUCAAGCUGUUGCUACGAAUCUGGGACCUCUUCUUCUACCAGGGUUCCAUAGUUCUCUUCCAGACGACACUGGGCAUGCUCAGCAUGAAGGAAGAUGAACUCAACCAGUCAGAGAACUCCGCAUCCAUCUUCAACACGCUCUCAGAUAUCCCUUCUCAGAUUGAAGAUCCAGAUGUGCUUUUGCAGGAGGCCAUGCGUGUUGCUGGCUCGCUGACAGAUGUGGCAGUGGAGACGCAGCGCUGUAAGCAUUUUGCUUACCUAGUUGCAGACCAAGGACCGCUGCUGAACCCCAGUGCUUCUGUUAACCUGUCGAAGAUUGUACGACGCAGGACACAGCGCAGGAAGUCUGGCAUCACUUCACUGCUUUUUGGGGAAGAUGAUGUGGAGGCACUGAAGGCUAAGAACAUUAAACAAACGGAGCUGGUAGCAGACUUGCGUGAGGCCAUCCUGCAAGUGGCCCAGCAUUUCCAGUGUGUGGAUCCCAGGAGUUUCAGCAUAGAUCUAACUCCAGAUUAUACCAUGGAAAGCCACCAACGGGACCAUGAAAGCUAUGUGGCAUGUUCUCAGAACCGGCGGCGACGUGCAAAGGCACUGCUGGAUUUUGAGCGCCAUGAUGAUGAUGAACUGGGCUUCCGCAAGAACGAUAUUAUCACGAUAAUUUCCCAGAAGGAUGAGCACUGCUGGGUAGGCGAGCUGAAUGGCCUGAGAGGCUGGUUUCCUGCAAAGUUUGUGGAGGUCCUAGAUGAACGAAGCAAAGAGUAUUCCAUUGCUGGAGAUGACACUGUUACCGAAGGUGUGACAGACUUGGUUCGGGGGACACUGUGUCCAGCUCUCAAGGCCAUAUUUGAACACGGGCUGAAGAGGCCAUCUCUACUGGGGGGGCCCUGCCACCCCUGGCUUUUUAUUGAAGAGGCUGCUGGGCGUGAAGUAGAACGAGACUUUGACUCUGUGUAUUCUCGUCUUGUGCUCUGCAAAACAUACAGGUUGGAUGAAGAUGGAAAAGUUCUAACUCCAGAAGAGCUGCUGUAUCGGGCUGUGCAGUCAGUAAACAUGUCACAUGAUGCAGCACACGCCCAGAUGGAUGUGAAGCUUCGCUCUCUCAUCUGCAUUGGCCUCAAUGAGCAAGUACUGCACCUGUGGCUGGAGGUAUUGUGCUCUAGCCUGCAGACAGUGGAGAAGUGGUUCCAUCCCUGGUCCUUCCUACGCAGCCCAGGCUGGGUACAGAUCAAGUGUGAGCUCAGAGUCCUCAGUAAGUUUGCAUUCAGCCUCUCACAGGAUUGGGAACUCCCUAUCAAGAGAGAGGAGAAGGAAAAGAAGCCACUGAAGGAAGGUGUUCAAGACAUGCUUGUGAAGCACCACCUGUUUAGCUGGGACAUAGAUGGGUGACUUUUUGGAUUCAGUUGAGACUGCUUAGGUGGCAUAUGAUCCUCCUCAAUCAGCCUGUGGCCCCUUUGUGCACUGUAGACCCAGCCCAUCCCCACCAAGAGAAAGGACUUCCAUUAUAAGCUUGUAGCAGAGCACAUGGAAGGGUGGGGGGGAUUGUUUCCACUGUUGUAUUUUUUUGUUUAAAAAAACUGGCCAUCUACCUUUUCCAUAGUAAACUGAUUGUGCAGAGCAUAUAUGUAUGUCUCAAAAGCGGUCACACAAGUCACAUUUUAGCCCAGCUGAUGAGGGGAACAAGAACCUCUGCCUUUGCAGGAAAUAAAAAAAAAUUGGAAGGAGAGGAAAGAAUAAACCGCCGUGAUGUUUGUUAUAACCAAGGUGUCUUACACAAGAAUGGUUGGAAUGGCUGCUGAGUUUCUCUGUUUGAGAGAUUAAGCAAGCUCGUCUCCUGGAGGCCCCUUUUACACACACACUGUGAUGCAUGAUGCACCCCUCUGACUGGGCAAGACAGACCACCUUUCAGGUACUAUAGUGCACAAAGGGGCAUGGUUCUGCCACUGAGUGCCUAGAAUGGCUUCUGUGAAGGGAAGCAGGUGCUUAUGGGAGUGGCAGUAACCACAGUACUGAUCUGUUCCUUUAACUAUGGGUCAUAGCUGGACAGAAUCCUUUUGAUGUCAUUUUAUUUUAGAACAGUUUUUUUAAUGCAACCAAAAAGAUGUAAAGUAUAUCCAGAAAUCUCUGUAUAUUUUGACAUUUUAUUCUGGAUGUAGAGGCAAGACUGAGCUGGCUCAGGGAAGAAAAUGACACCCUCUGACAUCUCUGAGGUCUACAGCAGAGGCUGCACGCCACAUGCUGUGGGGAGUGGGGGGGAGCACCCCCCAAAUGGAAGCACUUGGUGGAGGAGCACAAUCAACUCAUGAAAUUAAGGCUCUUGUGUUAGUUUGGUUUAUAAAUAAAUUGCACAUCUUGUGA